UCUAUUUAUCUUUUAAUUUCGUGUCUCGCAUUUCCCUGGAAAUAAGACGCAAUAAAUUUCGAUAUAUUUUACAAUUUGGCGCUUCGAUACCAAGAUUAGUUUCAAAUUCCGCCACCGUGGCGUUCGAGUCAGUUUCUUUUUUGAAGCACAGUGACAGGUUUCGUGCGUAAAAUCGUUCCUUCGUAUUUUUAUAUUUCUGUUAGAAAGUUUAUAUUUUUCGUGCAUAUUUUGCUCCAAAAGAAUAACAAGACGAUCGAUCAACGUUCUGCUUCAUAUCAUAGGUAAAUUAUCUAUUUAUCUCUUAAUUUCGUGUCUCGCAUUUCCCUGGAAAUAAGACGCAAUAAAUUUCGAUAUAUUUUACAAUUUGGCGCUUCGAUACCAAGAUUAGUUUCAAAUUCCGCCACCGUGGCGUUCGAGUCAGUUUCUUUUUUGAAGCACAGUGACAGGUUUCGUGCGUAAAAUCGUUCCUUCGUAUUUUUAUAUUUCUGUUAGAAAGUUUAUAUUUUUCGUGCAUAUUUUGCUCCAAAAGAAUAACAAGACGAUCGAUCAACGUUCUGCUUCAUAUCAUAGGUAAAUUAUCUAUUUAUCUCUUAAUUUCGUGUCUCGCAUUUCCCUGGAAAUAAGACGCAAUAAAUUUCGAUAUAUUUUACAAUUUGGCGCUUCGAUACCAAGAUUAGUUUCAAAUUCCGCCACCGUGGCGUUCGAGUCAGUUUCUUUUUUGAAGCACAGUGACAGGUUUCGUGCGUAAAAUCGUUCCUUCGUAUUUUUAUAUUUCUGUUAGAAAGUUUAUAUUUUUCGUGCAUAUUUUGCUCCAAAAGAAUAACAAGACGAUCGAUCAACGUUCUGCUUCAUAUCAUAGGUAAAUUAUCUAUUUAUCUCUUAAUUUCGUGUCUCGCAUUUCCCUGGAAAUAAGACGCAAUAAAUUUCGAUAUAUUUUACAAUUUGGCGCUUCGAUACCAAGAUUAGUUUCAAAUUCCGCCACCGUGGCGUUCGAGUCAGUUUCUUUUUUGAAGCACAGUGACAGGUUUCGUGCGUAAAAUCGUUCCUUCGUAUUUUUAUAUUUCUGUUAGAAAGUUUAUAUUUUUCGUGCAUAUUUUGCUCCAAAAGAAUAACAAGACGAUCGAUCAACGUUCUGCUUCAUAUCAUAGGUAAAUUAUCUAUUUAUCUCUUAAUUUCGUGUCUCGCAUUUCCCUGGAAAUAAGACGCAAUAAAUUUCGAUAUAUUUUACAAUUUGGCGCUUCGAUACCAAGAUUAGUUUCAAAUUCCGCCACCGUGGCGUUCGAGUCAGUUUCUUUUUUGAAGCACAGUGACAGGUUUCGUGCGUAAAAUCGUUCCUUCGUAUUUUUAUAUUUCUGUUAGAAAGUUUAUAUUUUUCGUGCAUAUUUUGCUCCAAAAGAAUAACAAGACGAUCGAUCAACGUUCUGCUUCAUAUCAUAGAUCAGAAGGAGAACAGAGGCGCCACGUCUCAACUUUGGAAACAGAAAUGAGUUGAGAAUCGACUACGAUGUUGAGUCGUCUUUCGGCCGUGGUGGCCUCCAUUUUGGUUCACCAGCUACACGUUUUGUGUGCCGCCACCUCAUUAGGUGCUAAGCCGUUUCCUGGACUGGAAAACCUGCCUAGGUCGUUCUGGCAUGAGCUCAGUUCGCCUUUUACCGAGGUAUACGAGGUGGAAAGUUUUGCUACAGAAACGGGCGGCACUCCAGAACCGAGGCCCUUUUUCGAAGAUCCAGAGAGCAACAUUACCGUGCAACUCGGUGCUCAAGUAUACAUGCACUGUAGAGUACAAAACUUGCAGGAUACACUCAAGGUGUCCUGGGUGCGCAGACGUGGCGACGAGCUCCACUUGCUCACGAUCGGCCUCGACACGUACGCGAGCGACUCGAGGUUCUCGCUCGCCUUGGAGAAGCCGAAUGAUUGGCGGCUGCUUUUAAGUUCGGCGACCGAGCGAGACGGCGGUGUGUACGAGUGUCAAGUCAGUGCUCAUCCCCCAUUAAUCAGAACUGUCCAUCUGACGGUGUCAGUGCCGAAGGUGGAGAUCGUGGACGAGCACGGGGCAACGGCUGGUGACAAAUUUUACAAAGCUGGGAGCACGAUAGAAUUGAAGUGUGUGGUCAGCAAUAUACCGCAACCUACCGGAUACGUUACGUGGCGCCAUGGAUCCCGAACGUUGAAUUACGAUACUACUCGUGGAGGAAUCAGCGUGAAGACGGACAUGGGCGCCAGUGGCGCGAUAUCCAGGCUCUACAUUGCAAACGCGAAUAAAAAAGACAGCGGGAAUUACAGUUGCGCAUUGGCGGAUGUGGCGGCCGCCACCACGGUUUCCGUCCACGUAUUAAAUGGCGAGAAUCCAGCAGCCAUGCAACACGGUGGUUCAACAGAAGUGAGAGCGACAUCCCUCGUCCUCGUCGUCAUUUCGUUGCUGUUCUCGUCACUCUUGAGGUGACCGUGAUGUCUCGAUCAUUCUGUGGGCCUGCAAUUCGAAUGGUGCUAACUUCUUUCUUCCUCGUGGCGAAUUAAACGCGAGGGGAUGUCGAGGGAAUCGAAACGAUCCUCUCUCCUCGGGACGUCUCUUCGAAUUUCUCGCGUGGCGAGCUUCCCAAAGGGACGUGUGUGCAUGUUCACGCAAUUGUACAUCGCGCGAGACGAAUUAUAUCAAGAGACGAGGACAAUUUUUACAGCGUUACGGGAGAAGAAGGCAGUAACGAAUCAGCAACAAAAAUUUCUCGAUCGUAUACGUAUAUAAAAUAAACCACGAAGCAAAGAGAGACUUUUGUGAGACUGGAAUCACUGUUUUUUUUACGAAAGAUCUACUCCACUCUUGUUUCGUUCCAUACCCUCCCCUCUUUUUUUUUUAAACUAAAACGUGAAAUUUCCCCCAAAGACAACGAAGUUUCGCCCCUUUGUCGAGAAUAUUCCUGUUUACCAACGCUCAAGGUUUGCCAAUUUCGUGCGCAACACAUUCCAUGCGAAUAUUUUCGAGCGAUCCACUUUGAGCGAUAUCAAGAGAGAAAGCCGAUUUUUUUUCGGUCGAUUCGUAAAAG